UUCAUUACAAACCUUCCGAUCGGCAAACUGGUGACGUUUCAGAACUAAAAUUCGUCUGAGAUCACAACACCACUUUGAGAGUGUGCGAUAUUCAUUUUUGACAUUGUGGAAAAACUUUCAUACAUCUAGGACUCUAAAUUUUUCAUAGAAUUACAGUGUUUUAUAUACUAAAUUAGCGGAACAGCCAGACGUAUUUUCAAGAUCCCCAGUUGACCUCGCUGUUACAACUACUGGGAUAGACCACAACGUCUGACGUGUAGUCCAAACAGCUCACAUAUUUCAGGAUUUAAAGUGAAAUUUUGGCAAAAAUGAAGAAAUUAUCCAUACUGUUAUUUACUGUAAUUGCUAAUGUACUAAUAUCAUCAAUUACAUGUGAAGAAGCUGCUGCCAGUUGUUUUGAAACCCAAUUCAAAUGCGUAACAACAGGAAGAUGCAUUGCGAUGAACUGGAGAUGUGAUGGGGAUAGCGAUUGCGGAUACGGUGAUACAUCAGACGAGCAAAAUUGUGAUUCUAAAACCUGCCCUCCGGAUGAAUUUCAGUGUACUUCAGGACAAUGCAUACUUCAGAAAUGGAAAUGUGAUGGAGAAAAAGAUUGUUAUGAUGGCACCGAUGAAUCAACUGCUGUAUGCAAUGGUACCCAGUGUAAGCCAGAGGAAUUCAGAUGUAACAAUGGACAGUGUAUCUCCAGUAGUUGGCGGUGCGAUGGAACCAAAGAUUGUUCAGAGGGGGAAGACGAAACUUGUGAUGCUCCAACAUGUGCUGAGGAUGAGAUGCGAUGUGCCAAUGGUAAAUGUCUGACAAAGAAAUGGCUAUGUGAUGGCGAAGAUGAUUGUGGUGAUAGCAGUGACGAGAAGAAUUGCACCUCAGUUUGUACUAAUGACCAGUUCCAAUGUUCUGAUGGUAAAUGUAUAGAUCAAGACUGGAAAUGUGAUGGCGACCAUGAUUGUGAUGACCAUAGUGAUGAAACAAGUAGUUGUCAGAAGGAUCCACACAAGAACACAUGUAUUGAGACAGAGUGGGCUUGUUUGUAUGAGGAACAAUGUAUUCUUAACAACUGGAAAUGUGAUGGUGAUGAAGACUGCUUUGAUGGUUCAGAUGAAAAGAAUUGUACCUACACAUGUUCUGCUGACCAGUUUAAGUGUGAUAGUGGACACUGUGUUGACCAUGUUAUGAGAUGUGAUGGCCUCCCAGAUUGUACUGAUGGUUCAGAUGAAGUUAAUUGUAACUGUACUGGUGAUUCACAGGGACAUUGCACUGGUGUUGUUAAACAUUGCCCAGAUAACCAGUUUGAUUGCUACAAUAAUGGAAAGUUGUGUAUUGACUACUCUAAAGUCUGUGACCAUUUGAAUGAUUGUUUAGGCUGGGAAGAUGAAUCAUCAACUAUCUGUGAUGCUGUGUUUAAUGGGACUGAACCUGGAACUGAUCCUUGUAAAACAAACAAUGGUGGUUGUGACCAUAUAUGUGAACCUCUAGUUGGUGCAAAAGCUAAAUGUUCAUGCAACAGUGGAUACAGACUAAAUGGGACAAGUAUAUGUGUCAAUAUUAAUGAAUGUACAGAAAGCAGCAUUCCAGUUUGUUCACAAAAAUGUAUUGAUGAAAAGGGUCAUUACAAGUGUGAGUGUGAAGAAGGUUACAGGAAGGAUUUUAUUCUUGGUAAACCAGGCAAAACAACUUGUAAAAUUGAUGGUCCAAGACCUUGGUUACUGUUUGCCAACAAACAUGAUGUAAGAAGGUUGGAAGUAGGAACAUGGUUGUUGGAACCAGUUGUAGAAGGACUUUCAAGUGCUGUUUCUGUUGGUUUCUAUAAAGAGAAAUAUGUUUAUUGGUCUGAUGUCAAUCUACAACAAAUAUCAAGGACUGAAAUGGGGAAUGGCACCGUGAUGAACAACAAAAAAGUAGUGAUUAAGGCCAACAUAGAUACACCUGAUGGUAUUGCUAUUGACUGGAUUCAUGAUCUUCUGUACUGGACUGACACUGGAUUAAACAGCAUACAGGUAUCCAGUCUGGAUGGAGAUAAAACUGUCACAGUUGUCACCAAUGAUUUAGAUGAACCAAGAGGAAUAGUUUUGGAUCCAAGAAAUGGAUACAUGUAUGUUACUGAUUGGGGUAAAAGUCCAAAGAUUGAGAGAAUUGGCAUGGACGGAUCUGACAGAAAAAUCAUUUCCAAGGAUGUUGUCUGGCCUAACAGUAUUACCAUUGAUUAUGUUGACAGUAGAUUAUUUUGGAUCGAUGCUAAACUACAUACAAUCAAGUCAUCUCAAUUAGAUGGAUCAAACAUCCGUACAGUUGUACACAAUGCUAAACACAUUGCCCAUCCAUUUGCUGUUGCUGUAUUUGAAGAUGAUGUCUAUUGGACUGAUUGGUCAUCUGAUUCAAUCCGUAAGGCCAACAAACACACUGGAGAAGACUUCCAACAAGUAGCCCUAGGUCUUCGUUCACCAAUGGACUUGAAAAUUUAUCAUUCAUCUAUUCAAAAAUCUGGUGUAAAUGCAUGUGCUAACAACAAUGGAGGAUGUGAAUACUUGUGUUUACCUAAACCUGAUGCACAUUCUAACGAUCCUAAUGUACAAAAGUAUACAUGUGCCUGUCCAGACAGCAAAAAACUUUCCUUCAAUGGAAUGACCUGUGUUGAUAAAGAAGCAACAGAUAUUCCUGUACUAACUUCAAGUGUAAAACCAGUUAAAUCUACAACUCCAUCACCUAAUAGUACUAAUAAGAAUACUAGUUCAACUGCUGGUAUUACUGUUCCAACAACCAAAAAACCAUCCACUACACCCGCACCUAAACCAGAAACAACACAAGGCCAUCAUGAACCACAGAAGCCAAUCACACACCACCCUAUUAUUGCUGUUUCUACUGGUGGACCAAAAUACACAACUUUUACAGAGAAACAUAACAAAACUUUGGAACAACCUAAAUCAUUGCAAGAGGAACAGACAGGAAUUGUAGCAUUUGUUGCCAUUGGUGUUGUUGGUUUCAUUGUCAUCAUGUUACUGAUUGUUGGAUGUUUUGUAUACAGAAGAGUGAAGAAACGUAACAUCAAGAGUAUGAACUUUGAUAACCCAGUAUACCGUAAAACAACAACAACAGAUGACCAUCAUUCUGUGAUGAUUGGUCACCAGGGCCGGGAUGGACAUCAUAAUAAAGGAGAUCAAUCUGAAAUAAAGCCAUUGACAGAAGAUGUGUGAUGUAAAGAACUCUUAUAGAACUUUUAAUUUAAUCAUGGCUGUGAAAUAAACAGAACAAUUAUUGUCGAAAUAAUUGAGAAAAGGAAUUCCAGUGUAAGAACAUUCAUCAAAUAAAAGCUCAUGAUGCACCUACAUCGAUCAAAUUCAGUCCCAUUGGAAAGUUGAUUGUAAAAUCUUACGGAACAUAGAUCUGAAACCCAAAGGCAGUUCGAAGAAGAAAUCUCGAGGCAGGACCAAGUUUUAAUCCUAGAAACAUUGGACAAUUUAAAGCAUAAUAUCUUCAUGAUGGCCCUUGGGUAACAAUGGGUAGUCAUAUCAUUCUUAGUCUUUGUACACUGGCAGCUUUGUUUACGUUGUGAUUUACAUAAAACCUGGAUUUUUAUCAGUAACUGCAUUUAUUCUAGAAUUUUCUUAAUCUUGAUCAAAUAUACAGAUCUCCACUUUGUUUAUUUCUUGAUUCUUUAAAGAUAGGCAUCACAACAGCUGAAAUGUACAUAAAGAUAUCCUGGAUAGUUGUCUCAGGUCAAGUUCCAGUGAAUUUGUAUAAAGAACAAACUGAGAGAACUCGGGUUAAUUUGUGCUUAAUAUUCCCAACGUCACAUUCUGGUAAAACAAGUCAAAUGUAAUUGUGUGAAAGGUCCAGACGAAUGAAAGGUUUAUAACUGUGUAAAUGGUACUUUGUUAAUGGAUAAAAUCCAUAGUGAAAAAGACUUGACAAAGUAAAUAUUGUGUGCAUGGAAAAUGGUGCUAAAGCCCUUGAAUGUAAUUAAUGGAGGUACUUGAAAGAAUGUGUAUAUGUGUGUGUCAUAGACUUGUGUGCAAUAAUUGUCUUAGACCAAUGAUGUGAUCAUUAUUAGCUAAAAACUUGUUAGUAACUGUUACACAGCAAAUCAGCAUUUUGAAUGAUAAAGUUGCAUAUAUGAAUAAGACCCUUGUCUAAUUACAAAAAACAAUAUAUCAAAAAAUAAAUGUCUUUGCUUGCAUAGUGUUUUUAGGUUACUAUCUUACUGAUGUAUAUCAAAAACAACACAUUUUUUUUUUGUUAAUGAUAAUUUUUUUACUAGUACAUGUUAUAUAAAUAAUGAAAUGGAAAGAUUAUGAAGGAAACAAAUCUCGAGGCAUGAUUUAUGAAAGAAAAAAUUAUGUCAUUGUCCUAUGAAAGUGAACUAAAUUUUCCCUGAAGCAUUAUCUUUAUUUGGAAUACAUGACCUACAUUUGCUGUUGUAAUAUUGUGACUAGACAUGUUUUGACCUAUGUGUAGAUGAUGUUAAUUGUGAAUAUAUAGAUGAACAUAUGAGAAGUAUUAGAUUUGUACAUAGUUGUUUAUUUAUUAACUUUUGUUUUUGUUAAAUCUUUGUAAAUAUGAACAUACAAUCAUGAUGUAGUCAAUUUAGUAUAUUUAUAUGAAUAGGACUUGAUCCUGAGUCUAUUUAGUGUGAGAUAAAUAUUGGUGCUUACCUAGAAGGUAUAUAUCAAAGAAUACUAGAUCUGAUUCCCAAAUAUGUUUAAUAACUGCUCAAUAACAAGUGAAAAGUUGUGAGGCAUUAUUAUUUAUUCCAAUCAUAAACAUUAUUUUGUUUCCUCUUGUACAGUUGAUUUGAUAAAAAUAUCUCAUGAAUUUUUUUUUUUAAUUUGAUACAUGAGUAAAAUCUGACAAUUCAAUAUCAUAGUUUUGCAUAAUAUUUGCUUAAGAAUCUUGCCUGUAAAAUUACAGAUUCUUUUAUUUAUUGUAUCUAUACAUUGUAAAUAAAACCAGGGAUAGUGCUUUGUUAAAAGCUUGCAAAGGAAUUGCUUAUUAUUUAUAAGUAAUGUUUCAGUUUCUUACUGUGCCAAAUAUGAUUUACAGCAAGUCAUUUUUUUUAUCUUUAUAAAGAUGUUAAAAGGAAAUAUAUAAACAUCAUAUUCAAAUUAAUUUUAAAGUAAAUUACCAUCUUUUAUUUAAAUAAAACUUUAAAAAAAGUUGCAGAAGUUUAAGCAUUUAGUUUUCCUUGUUUCAUAGUGUGCUCAUACAUUCCUUAAAUGGUUUUAAGUUUGAAGUGCUAAGAAUGCUUGAAAAGCAUGUGCCAAAUUAUAUUGCUUAGAUAUAGUGUCUAGUAUAUGAUUAGAUUGCUGAAUAUUUUUGAUGAGUGGUUGAAGUUUUUUUACAUUCCAUAAAAUGUUCAAACAAAAUCACUUCUUUCAGAUUAAAAAAGCAACUGCAUUGAUUCAAAGAACACAUUGCAUUUUGUAUUAUUAUUUGUUUAUCAGGCUCAAAGAAUUAUAUUUAGGAAGUUCAUUUUAAUAUAAAUUCCUCAUUUCACAUUAUAAGAAGUUUAAAUUUUAAAUUCUGAAAAAAAUACCCAAUGUAAAUGUAAUUAAUUUGAAAAAAAUAGUUCUAAAAAACAAGUCUUUAUAAGGGCUGUCACAAUUCUGGUUUUGGUAUUUUUAUAGUUUGUAAAGAGAUGCUAGCUUUUUUGUAUCCCUUUUCAAUCUGAAUUAGUAUAAACAUACGAUCUGAUAAUGCUAGAAACAAAUCAAGGAUAAUCUCAUAUUUCAUAAAACUUGUAUGCGUAAUAAAAUGUUAAAAGGAUGUAAUAAAAUGUUAAAGGACAAGAUAGGUGACCUUGUAAUGUAAACAGUUUUAAUGUAAUAUUGUUCCCCAAGUCAGGUGACCUUCAUAUGUAAGCAGUUGUAUCAUAACAUUGUUCCCCAAGUCAGGUUUAUUAAAUUAAAGCUCAUGUAUUUAUUUAUAUAAGAAAUAUUGCAUAUCAUUUUGAAUUAUUUUGAGUUUCCAUUCGUUAUUUUAUUUUCCCAUUUUUUUGCAUUAUUUAGUGCUUGUUUUCUCAAGGAUGUAUGGUACAAUUUAGUAUGAGUGCUUUAUAUUGUAUUGUUAUGUAAAUAGGGUGUAAAUGUUGUUAAUGUGUUGCUUGUAAGAAGUUUGUACAAGUAAAAAUUUAAAUAAUAAAAGAUGAAAAAUCCUUAA